UAUUUUCAAAAUUUGCUAUCAAUGGACGCUCCUCCUCAAUCCCCCGCCUUCGACCCAUAUGCUUAUCGUUCUCCACAAGUUCCUUCUACACGAGGAAAUGUCGAACGUCCUCUACCUAUUGACGAGGACGACGAGGACGAUGGGGUAGUGCCCGAAACUCAAAAUUUGGGCGACGACGACGAGGAAUAUGAAUAUAAUGUGGACGAAGACGCGGGCAACGAAGAAGACGAGGCUCGAGAAAAAAAAGGGAAAACGGUGAGCGAAAAAUGGACAAAAGAACAAGAAGAGGCGUUGGCGAAGGCGUGGGUACAUUGUUCUACCAACAAAAAAAAGGGCAAUCAACAAAGUCGCGAAAGUUUUUGGGGUAAAAUUUUAGAGCACUUUAACAAAACUAUCGGUGGAAGUAACCGGACCGUUCAUCAAGUACGGUCUAAAUGGAACCCGAUGCAUUCGAAAAUAAACUUUUUCAACGGCCUAUACCAACAAGCGGAUCGCACACGAGCAAGCGGAUGUCAAGAUCUCGACGUGAUGAAAAUCGCGUUAAAAGAAUGUCUUUUAUAUAAUUUUUAA